AUGGUUACGAUAGGUCGGGGCAUCGUGUGCGAGUGCGCGGGCGCGAGCGCCUGCCCCGACGGCUCCUCCAACGGCACUUGCAGCACGCAACCUGGUGGAUACUGUUUCGUCGCCGUCGAAGAAGUGCUGGAUGAUGCCGGUCUCGUAGUGCUGGAGAGGACCGCCGGCUGUUUGCCACCCGAUGAGUCUGGGUUUAUGCAGUGUAAAAGCUCGCAAGUCCCACACCAGCACCCCAAGGUUAUCGAAUGCUGCGAAAAGGACCUUUGUAAUCGACAUCUGAGGCCGCAACUGGCAGAGCCGCCGCCCUCGGUGCCUGAGACGCCCGCCCUGCUGCCAACGCAAGCCGGCCCGCCCGUAGCCCUUGUGGCUGUCGCCCUCGGCGUCGCCCUGGUGGCCUUCCUUGCCGCCUUCUGGCUGCUGCUGCGCAAGCGCCGCGGUGGCUGCAAGAGGCCGCCCUCUCCCCCAGCGCCCGCGCCCCUCGUCGACGCCUCAUCCGGUUCCGGGUCGGGGCUGCCGCUGCUCGUGCAGCGCACCGUGGCCAAGCAGAUUCAAAUGGUGGAGUCCAUCGGCAAAGGCCGCUACGGCGAAGUGUGGCUCGCGCGUUGGCGAGGCGAGAAGGUGGCCGUCAAAGUGUUCUUCACCACCGAGGAGGCCUCCUGGUUCCGCGAGACCGAGAUCUACCAGACCGUGCUCAUGAGGCACGAGAACAUCCUCGGCUUCAUCGCCGCCGACAUUAAGGGCACCGGCUCGUGGACGCAGAUGCUGCUCAUCACCGACUACCACGAGAACGGCUCCCUGCACGACCACCUCCAGGCCGUCGUGCUCGAUCCGCCCGGGCUCAUGGCGAUGGCCUACUCCAUCGUCAGCGGCCUCGCCCAUCUGCACAUGGAUAUCUUUGGCACGAAGGGCAAACCGGCGAUCGCCCACCGCGACAUUAAGAGUAAGAACAUUCUCGUGAAGCGCAACGGACAGUGCGCCAUCGCCGACUUCGGGCUGGCCGUGCGGUACGUGGCCGAGCGGCACGAGGUGGACAUCGCGCCCAACACGAGAGUGGGCACGAGGCGCUACAUGCCACCGGAGGUGCUCGACGAGAGGCUCGACGUGGCCAACUUCGAGGCCUUCAAGAUGGCCGACAUGUACUCGCUGGGGCUGGUGCUGUGGGAGAUGUGCCGGCGCUGCGCCACCGGCGACAAGGCGCAGUACGUGGAGCCCUACGCGCUGCCCUACCACGAGUGGGUGCCGCCCGACCCCUCGUUCGAGGACAUGCACGCCGUCGUGGUCCAGAAGGGCGUCAGGCCGCCCGUGCCCGCGCGUUGGAUGGGCGCCGAGCCCCUGGCCACGCUCACCACGCUCAUGGCCGAGUGCUGGCACGCCAACCCGCCCGUGCGGCUCACGGCGCUGCGCGUCAAGAAGACGCUGGCCAAGUACCACUCCGACCCGGCCGCCAAGCUCGUCUGA